UCGUGAGCGUGCGUGUGUGCGUGCGUGCGUGCGUCAGGAGCGGAAUACGGCAAAAGAGGGGCCGUCUGUUGCCGGUGCCCUUCUUGCUCCCUCUUUCUUAACAUGGCAGCGGCGGCGGUUGGGCGCGUGCUUAUGGUGGGCCCCGGCCGCUGGAGCCCGGCCGUGAGAUUGGGACAGCCGCUCGUGAGGGCGAAGAUUCUCCGACAGAUCUGCACUACUAUAGCAGUGCACAAGAAAAACAUUGCUCCUUCAAGACCUGAAAAGUACACAGAAGUUUAUAUCAAAAAACAGAUUGAAGAGUUCAACAUAGGAAAGAGACAUUUAGCCAACAUGAUGGGAGAAGAUCCAGAAACUUUUACCCAAGAGGAUAUUGAUAAAGCUAUUGCCUAUCUCUUUCCUUCUGGUCUAUUUGAGAAAAGGGCCAGGCCUUUAAUGAAGCAUCCUUCUGACAUCUUUCCAAAGCAAAGCACAAUACAGUGGAGUGAAGAUGGUCGUCCUUUUCACUUUCUUUUUUACACUGGCAAGCCGUCAUAUUAUUCUUUAAUGCAUGAAACAUAUGGUAAGCUAUUGCACAUUCUGGAAUACCAAGAUCAAAUACUUGCUCAAGGAUUAGUUCCUGAGAAUAAAAUCAAAUCCAACCUGAUUGGCAGCAGAUGGCUGAUUAAAGAGGAAUUGGAAGAAAUGUUAGUGGAAAAACUGUCAGAUCAAGAUUAUUCACGGUGUAUUCAGCUGCUAGAAAGAUUAGUAGCAUUACCAUGCUGUGGCAUCGAAGAAGAGUUUGUGUUGAAAUUUCGCAAAGAAUUGAUCAUACAAUCCAGAAAACAGGUGAUUGAACCCCUGAAGUAUGAUGAACGAGGAGUGGCCUUUAGCACUGCAGAAGGUGAAAGAAAGACAGCAAGAGCAACUGUAACUAUUUAUGACAAUGGGACUGGAAAAAUUACAGUAAAUGGAGAAGAUUAUAUACAGUACUUUCCAGUUUUGCAAGACAGAGAGCAGCUGAUGUUUCCAUUCCAGUUUCUCGAUCGACUGGAGAAACAUGACAUGCUCUGCUCUGUUUCUGAAGGAGGAAGAGCAGCGCAGGCUGGGGCAAUCCGUUUAGCUUCUGCAAGGGCACUGUGUAGCUUCAUCACUGAAAGAGAGAUGGAGUCUAUGAGGCAAGCUGGUCUCUUGACACGUGAUCCACGCGUGAGAGAACGAAAGAAACCAGGUCAAGAGGGAGCCCGCAGAAAAUUCACCUGGAAGAAGCGCUAAAAUCAAACACUGCUUUGCAGCUCUUUGAACAUUGUGUAUAUAUUUGUAACAAAACAAUCUUUCUUUUGCCUUCCAUCCAUGUUUUUCUUGACUUUAAUAAAUGUUAAAGCCUCAUCCCGUGGAGCAACCAAAAAGCACCAGGUGGGAGAUGAUGAACCACUGUGGGUUUUUGUUUUUGUUUUUUUACGAAAUGAUCAGUGAAAAUGUGUCCCAGUACUUUCAAGACUGAACAGAGAGGGGCUGAACAUGGAAGGACUUUAGAAACACGGCAACUCUGGAGAUGUGCGAGGGCAAAUGGGAAGGCAGUGUGAGGUAUAAGAAACUUUGCAGAAGCUGUAAAUUUAUUGAGUAUUCCGUAUGAAGGAGAUGACUGUGAGCACCUCCUUGGGAAUAGUAAUCUUUUUCUAAAUAGAAAUAGGUUACGCCACCUCUUUCUAAGUAAUGAACUAGCAGGCCUCAUACCUCUAACUUGGACCCCCACACACCACCUUAAGCAUAAAGGUAUGGCUUAUUGCUAUAUUUGUACCAUUUCAGUGAAAAUUGAGAACUAUGGUAAUUUCCUUGUAUUUUAAGUAAUUAAAAAAAGCUUUCUUAAACCUA